CCCGGCUCAAGACAGCAGACCCAGCCCUGCAAUUCGCCCUUCCCUCGCUCAAUUGUACCCAGCCGGCUUCUUUAUACCUUCACACAGCUCCAUCACACAGUCAUGGCUGCUUCGCGCUGCUAGAGGAGCGUCGACGUGCCCGUUACGUCGCGUCCGAAGCUACCCAACUUUAACCUGCCCCUCCACCCUUGUCCUCGACCACCUCGCCCUAGGCACGCCCUUCUGCCGCUACUUAUUGCUACGUAUGGCAGCAGUAGCUGUAUCUCCCUCGCCUCAGGUUAUCGACGCUAUGGCGAACCGUCGCGUCCCACUCGCAAACCUUCAGAAUGCCACAAAUUCACCGCUCCGCGCGACUGCCGUGGGCGGAAAGCGCUCACGCUCCCACGCCAGCGAGCAGCGCGACCUUCCGUAUGGACAGCCACCACCCAAAAAGCAGAUGGUCGAAGUCGACGAUGCGGAGUCUCGCCGUCAUGGGCUCGUCCGAAGAAGCGGGGCCCAGCCAACCGCCCUGACGAGGAAGCUUGAAGCAGCACGCGAGCAAAAACUCCCACCGAAGCAGGUGGAAAAGACUCAACGAGGUGCCAGCGAAAACCUGGAAACCAUUCGGCAAUGGCAGCGGCAUUAUCGGAAGAUGUUCCCGCAGUUCGUCUUCUACUUCGAGAGCAUUCCGGAUGAGAUCAAGUACAGGCUCUCUCGCCAGGCCCAUAUCCUUGGUUCUGGCGAGGCUAAGUUCUUCUCUCGUGAAGUUACCCAUGUCAUUACCGCGCGUCCUAUUCCCGCCGAGCUCGACUCUAGCUCCUCGUCGACUGCUAAGGGCACCGUCAACCCUGCACAGCUAGAGUCUAAGAGAUCUGUAUUUGAUACGGCGCUCCAGAAGUCCAACCACGGAGAUAUCCUAUACAAGGCCAGGGAAUUGGGAAUGAAGAUAUGGUCUGUGGAUAAGCUCCAGCGUAUGGUCGACACCAUGUUCAACACUGCCACUGGAGAGGAGGUUCCGAACUAUGCUACGCGUCAUGGGGCUGCUGGUGGGCAGCCAAAGGCGCGUCAGGAUCUGCAGAAGCUGCUCGAGAAUGAGAAGCUGAAUGACUACUCCGUUGCCGCGCAGGACAUGAUACAGCUGCGUGGAUACUACAUCUACGUGCAUGAUAUGGAUGAAGCUACGCGUCCGGUAAUGGUCCGAGAGUAUUCCAAGGUCGCCAAAAAGGAGGAUGGCAAGUGGCCGCAGUUUCGCGUUUCAGGAAAUGGGAAGUGCCCGUUCGUAGAGGAUCGUGACCACGUUCGCAGACAGCAGCAGGAGGAGCAAGAGGAGCAACGAGCACGAAAGGCGGCGGCGGCGGCACCACGAACCCGUGCUGCGACGGCUUUGGAUGGGAAACGUGCUUUGGGCGAGAACAACAAUCUGGCACGACGCGCCACCGCUCCGGGCCCUGCUAUCAAGGAGGAAGAAUCCAAGCUGCUGGGAGCUCCGAAUAUUCUGCCGACGAAGCGUGCAAACGCCGACAGUAUGCCUCCUAUGUUUGGCAGUGCACAGGCUAGCCUCCGUGCUAUGCCCCGUUUCAUUGGCGGCGAACCGGUUGCCUCUGGUCUACAGCAAUCAAACAUCACCUCCGCCAUCCGAUCGCAGAUGAUAUCGUCUACUGCUGCCGCCCCUGGCGCACGAGCAGGAAACAGCAAGGAAGUGAAUCAGCUUAAGAGGAAGGUUUUGGAAAAGAACAGUGCGCCGUCUGCAAAUAGCGGUCACUCAUCGGUAAUCAACGACAUGAGGGCAGCGUUGAACCAAGAUCUCUCUCAGCCCACACGAGCGGCAAAACGCAAGGCACGAGAAACUCUCGGUAAUAUUCGCGAGGACACGGACGAGGAGAGGCAGGCUCGGAAAGCCGCACUCAUCCGGCGAAGGAAAGCUUCCGAGAAGGAGCUGAAACCUGGCUACUGCGAGAACUGUAGGGAAAAGUUCAAUGACUUUGAUGAGCAUAUCGCGUCACGAAAGCACCGCAAGUUCGCCGUAGCCGCCGACAAUUGGCUGGAGCUGGACCAGCUGCUGGCCCAACUCGUCCGCGAAUGACCGGCAUGUAAUACUUAUGACCCGACCCGAAAGGAGCACCACCCGACAUAAUACCAACGACAUAAUUUCUUCCCCACCUGUUUGUUCACUUCUUACGGCCCUCCGGCGCAUGGGAUCCUGAUUACUCUGCGAAUACCCGUUACACCGCAUUUCGGCGGCCUGCUGCAUUUCUUGAGGCGCAUCUUUUUUCCUACUGAAGCAUGGCUUGUUGGUUAUCUCCUAGGCGUCAUGAUCUCGGUCUUCCUGGCGUUGGCGGUUUACGACGUAUGAGCCCAUUGUACAUACCUACUGCAUGCGGCUUGCUUCUUUUAGCGAUUGCCUGCCCGUGUUGUUGCAGGCUAGCAGGCGUCUUGGGCAAACGGCGUUGAUUAUGGUGGAUUGGAGGAUAUCCUCAUGUGGAGAUGCUGCGAGACGUGGUCAUGGAUGUGCUGUAUUGGAGGUCAUGUGCUAUAUCAC